AUGGCCCUUCCUGGAAAGUAUUGCCUUGGUUCUGUCUCUUAUUCUAUCCUAGUGAAUGGAUUUCCUACCAAACCAAUUCCAGCAAAGAAAGGUUUGAGGCAAGGGGACCCCAUGUCCCCUUAUCUGUUUGCUAUAGAUGAUCUGCUGAUGUUUGCUAGGGCUUAUAUUCCUUCUGUGUCUGCUAUUUUUCAAGCUUUUACUAAAUUCUCAAAAGCUUCUGGUUUGGAAGCUAAUUUGCAUAAGAGUGAUGUGUGCGUUGCUGGUGUAUCUGAUACUGCUGCUAGUCAAAUUGUUGAUGCUUUGGGCAUAGCUAAAGGCUCAUUUCCUUUUAAGUAUUUGGGGGUCCCACUUACUACCAGGAAACUUAGUUAUACUGAUUGCAAGCCUUUGAUUGAAAAAACAGUUGCUAGGAUCAAAAGUUGGGCUACUAAGUUUCUGCCUUAUGCUGGAAGACUGCAACUAGUAAGAUCAGUGCUGUUUGGGAUUCAACUCUAUUGGUGCCAGAUCUUUGUCAUGCCUAAAAAGAACAAGGCAGCUGUGUUGAAGCACUACUGGGCUUUGUCAAUGAAGCAAGACAGAUUAUGGAUCAAGUGGAUGCAUACAUACUAUGUGAAACAUCAUAACUUCUGGACUAUGCAAGUUCCUAAUGGGCUUACUUGGUCUAUGAGGAAAUUUUGGGCAAAUAGAGAAGUGUUUGUGGAUUUUGGGGAUAUUGAUCAGUUCAUCACUCAUGGAAAAUACAGCAUUCAAAAGAUGUAUCUUCACUUGAGGCAAAAUGCAACUACAGUUAGUUGGAAGAGAAUUAUAUGUAACAGUAAAGCUAGUCCAAAAGCCACAUUUAUUGUUUGGCUAGCCCUUCAGAAUAGAUUAGCUACUAAAGAGAGAUUGCUAAAAUGGAAUAUGCAGAUUGAUGGUGGCUGUGUUAGUUGUCAGACACAGGUUGAAACACUGGAACACUUAUUUUAUGAGUGUAUUUUCUCAAAAAGGGUGUGGAGUUCUGUGUUGAGCAAAAUUGGAGUAGACAUAACAAUUCAGACCUGGCAAGGAGAGAUUGAUUGGGAAGCAAAGAAGAGCAGAGGUACAAAGCCAAGGGACAAAAUCUGCAAUAUGGCAUUUGUGGAAACAAUUUACAAUAUCUGGCUGCAAAGAAACUCUAAAGUUUUUAAAAGCAGUAUUGAUUAUGUUGAUGUAAUUAGCUCGAGGAUUGUUUUCCUUAUUGCUUGUAGAUGUGAUGAUCAGAUGAGGAAGUGUUUGGUUUGA